AUGAACGAUAUCUACUUUUAUAAAUACUUAGUGAACAAACAGGUAUUCUACAGAUCCAAGCAUUGCUAUGCACUUGUAAACUUGAAACCAUUGAUCGACGGUCAUGUUUUGUUAGUCCCAUAUAAUCCAAAGAUAGCUAGAUUUAGUCAAUUAAAUCAAGAAGAAUCUAUCGAUUAUAUGAAUAGUUUACAAACUUUAACUAAAUUUUUGACUUGGGAAUUCAAAGCAGACUCAUUGAAUAUUGCCAUUCAAGAUGGUCCAGAGAGUGGCCAAAGUAUCCCUCACUUACAUACACACUUAAUCCCAAGAUAUAAAAUCGAUAAUUUAAAGGGAGAUUCAGUUCACCAAAAUCUAGAGAAUUUAGAUUUGGACCAAUACUUGAAAGAGUUCGAACAAAGAAGGACCCAACAUAAAUUACACCCACAAAAGUUCAAGAGUGACGACGAAAGAAUCAACAGAUCAAUGGAAGAAAUGGAAAAAGAAGCUCAAUAUUUAGCUUCACAAUUUGAGAAAUUCAAAAUCGCACAAUAA